AUGUACGUUAUCCCGGACAAGACACUUUGCAAGCGUCUUUCGCCGGGAAGCAAGAGCCGUAUCCUUUUCCAGUCGACUGUGCUGUUGGUCAGCUUGGGACUUUGGGGCGUUGCCAUCUUUUUGCUGGCCCGGGGCAUCAUGCGGAGGCAGCGCUGGACGGGGGAGUCCGACUUCUGCUCAUUUAUUGCCUUCGCGAGCGCUGCAAAGUGGUUUUACUUCAUCGGCUACCGCGUGCACAAAGCGCGCGUUGCUCCGGACACCGCCGAGGAUGAGGUUGCGGAGGAAAAGCUGAACCUUUUCGAGGAUUCUCCGUCCGACUGGUCCCCGGAGCAGAAAAAAAUGAUUGUGUAG